UAAAUGUCGAGGAAUUUUCCGUAGAGAGUCAUACCCUGAACACUCGUCGAAGCUGCCGGGAUGAUAUCAAAGGUGAUUGCUGUGGCGGCCCUGCUGGCCAUCCCCGCCAGCGGACAGUGCGGCUGUGGACACAGCGGCUGGGGGUAUCCCAGUGUGGCUCCUGCUGUCCAGCCACUCUUGUAUCCCUCUCUGGCCGCACCAUGGAGCUACCCCAGUUACACCGCAACACCGGCAGCCACUGGCUCUGCAGCCUCUUCCUCCAGCUCUUCCGCCGCUAGUGGAGUAGGAGGCAGCGCGUCUUCGUCGUCAGCUGCUUCAGCCGCGGCGUCCGGGUACCCAGGGUACGUCAGUCCGGUGUCGUAUCUCCCCGCGAGUCCAGUGUCGUAUCUCCCUCCUGUUUCUCCAGUAGCUCCACUGAUACCCUCAUACGGCGGAGGAUGUGGAGGGUAUGGUUUGGGAGCCGGCAUUGGCAACCUGUGGGGAGUUGGCGACAUCUGGGGAGGAUAUGGAUACCCUAGCGGCAUUGUGUCAGGACUCGGUUCUUCCGGAGCUUCUUCAUCUUCCAGCUCUUCAGCGGCAAGUGGCCUUGGAAGUGCUUCGUCGUCUUCAUCUGCUUCUGCCGCAGCGUCUGGGUCCCCAGGUUAUGUCAGUCCAGUGUCGUAUCUCCCUCCUGUUUCUCCAGUAGCACCACUGAUACCUUCAUACGGUCUAGGAUGUGGAGGGUAUGGUUUGGGAGCCGGCAUUGGAAACCUGUGGGGACUUGGCAACAUCUGGGGAGGAUAUGGCUACCCUAGUGGCAUUGUGUCAGGACUCGGUUCUUCCGGAGCUUCUUCAUCUUCCAGCUCUUCAGCGGCAAGUGGCCUUGGAAGUGCUUCGUCGUCUUCAGCUGCUUCUGCCGCAGCGUCCGGGUACCCAGGGUACGUCAGUCCGGUGUCGUAUCUCCCACCUGUUUCUCCAGUAGCACCACUGAUACCCUCAUACGGUCUAGGAUGUGGAGGGUAUGGUUUGGGAGCAGGCAUUGGCAACUUGUGGGGAGUUGGCGACAUCUGGGGAGGAUAUGGAUACCCUAGCGGCAUUGUGUCAGGACUCGGUUCUUCCGGAGCUUCUUCAUCAUCCAGCUCUUCGGCGGCUAGUGGCCUUGGAAGUGCUUCGUCUUCAUCAUCUGCUUCUGCAAGCGCAUCUAACCCUGGAUAUGGAUAUGGAUUAGCAGCUCCUUACGUCUCCGUGGCACCGAUCGCACCAUCUUACCCCGUUGCACCUAUUUUGCCAUCUUAUCCCGUGGCACCAACCCUGCCCAUCGCCCCCAUAGCUCCUGCUGCACCUUCUUGGGGCGGUAUUGUUGGUGGGUACGGAAUCGGCUCUGGUAUCGGCGGUGUCUGGGGAGGAUACGGCCUCCCCGGGCUGGGAGUCGGGGCUGCGUCCAGCGCCUCCGCCGCUGCUGCACUCGGCGGUCUCUCCGGCGGCCUUAUCGGAGGAUACGGAUACCCUUCUGUCGGCGUGGGAGCUGCCUCCUCGGCCAGCGCUGCUGGUGUCGGGCUGGGCGGCCUCUACCCGAGACCCUGCUACUGAAGAAAUGAUAUUGUAACUGGCUCGUUUUUGUUUUGCUUGAGAUCAUUGUGAAAUCAUUGCAAGAUGAUGGCUAUGUAUUGCAAUGUUAAACGAUACAAUGUAAAUACUACAUAUUUAUACUCUCUUCUUUUUUGAACUUUAUUUUUUAUGUAAUUAAAUUACAUGCAAAUUUGA